AUGACCACCCCCCGCCAGCCACCAGGUCGGAAGGUGACGUGGCAAGCACACACCCCGCAAGGAACCCAGCCGGGUGCGAAUCUUGAGAACCUGUCGGGAUGCGCGUCUGGGGAGGAUGAGGAUCGCGCUUGCCCCACCAGGAGCGAGCGCCGGCUGAGCCGACAGCCGCGGAGGAUUCGGGCGGCGGGAGGGGGCGGGGCGGAGUUGGAGGAGCCCAGGGCCGAGCCGGGGCGCUUCCCGACAGGACCGUGCGGGCGGAGGCGCUGCGGCCGGCGGCGCAGGUACCACGAGGGUGCUCGGUACCAUCCCCGUCUGCAGCUCGAGCUCCAGCGGCGCGUGCUUUCCGCACCCGGGCUUCGGGAUGCAGGGUGGGAAAGGGGCCCCCCGCGGUCCAGGGGCCGCCUCGCCCCCCACCUCCGGUCCGCGUGCGACGCUCCCCCGCCCGCAGGCGCCGCGGGGGCAGGGACUGGGCGCGGAGUGAGGUUGGGAGGGACCUGGAAAAACCACCCAGAUUGCAUUGCAGUGGGCGAGGCCGCCCGGAGGAGCCGGUUCCCCGGAGCCGCCUCCCCGCGGGGCGUUCGCGGAGCGCGGUUCCCAGGUGCUUGGAUUUGCCUGGGCCGGGAGGUUCCGCCUGGCGGGGACGCGGGGCUCGGCUACGUGGUGGCCCACGCCCGGCAGGUUGAGCGCUCGCGACGACUGCGAGGAGGGCCAACGCCCGGCGGCCGACGGUGGCUGAGAAAGUGGUUACAGCCGCUCGGGAAGUCCUGCGUCGCCGGUCCUCUGUGGCCUCUGAUGUGGUUGCCAAAGAGAUCACAUUUUCUACUCCCUGGACAAAUCUAACCUCUCUGAAGUGCAUCUCACAGGUACAUGUAUCUGUGCCACAAAGGAAACAACACUUCUACAAGGCUGCAGCGAUGCUCCAUGUCCCCAUCCAACAGAACUUGCUGAAAUUUCCAGCCAGGCUGACAUUC